GUCUGCGCUUGUGUGUUUCUGGUAACCACUGGGUGGCGUAUCAGAUCCAUGAUAGUACUGAAGAUUUAGACAGCAGCGAAGACAUUCAUACCAGAAAAAGUAUACAACAUGAAUAAAUGUCCUUCAUUCGAUAGCUUACAGACAGCUGAUUAUAUCUUGCGUCUCUGUGCAUGCACGCUAAGUUUGUAAAAGUCAGAUUCUCCUCUAGCGCAUGUCAUUGUGAUAGCUAAUUUCAACAAAAUCGUUCUUUUCCGUAAUCAAAAUUGAGUCUGUAGUUUAUUUUAAGGCCAAAGAUAAAGCAUAUGAAUUAAAUAUUAAAGCUAGAAACUGACCAAUGUUGUCAACGACAUCUUUCGAUCAAGUAAGUCGCUUGUGGUCGUCCACGAACAGGAAGAAAAUCAAUGUCGGGUUUGGAUUCGGCGGCCGUGUGCCGUCUGCUUUUAAUGUUUGGGUAUCUGCUCUUUGGCGGUGCAGCAUUUUCAGCAAUUCCCAGCUCGUUGAUGAGGUCCAGUUCGCUCUCUUCGAUGAGCGGAUUUUCUUCGAUAGGCUCAGGUCCGGGGCACGUGGCGCAGCCAUUGGGACCCACCGGUUUAGGCGGUCCUAGUUUUGGGCAGCCAUUUAACCCGAUGCAGUUAUCGCACCCGAUCCAGCCAUGUAACCCGAUCCAGCCAUUGAAUCCGACGCAGCAAUUUAACACGAUCCAGCCAUUUCACCCGGUGCAGCCAUUGGGUCGGCCUGACAUUUCGUCUCCAAUUGGCGGAACGAUGGGCAAUUCUCGCCAAGGCAUCGCACAGUACCGUCCGUUAAGUGCUGCUAGGAUCCGUGCUAUGACGGAAAGUGCGCAGCGCCGAUGUAAUGACAUGGCGGAACGUGGGCAGCGCCGAAUUAAUGAAAUUUUGCGUCAGCAAGGGAUCGCCCAACUUGAUUAUCAUGAUGCUUCCGCCGGCGAUCUCCCAUCUUCCACUGGCUUUGCUGAUCCCUCGACGCCGGCAGUGCCGUCUGUUGAAAGUGCAGCACCGCUAGUAAUAUUUGAAUUGUUCUUAACUAGUGCAAGCUCAAGUACAAAGCGUAAUUGGUUUCUCUGAAGAAACCUAAGGAAAAAAUUUUGCUAGCUUCAGAGGUCGAUCCUUUCAACGGCGCUGAGUAAGGAUGAAGCUAUUGUUUUGGAACAGAAUUUUUACCACUGAGCAACCUUCGAGAACACAAUACGAUAGAGGAAGGUAUUUCAGCAGCUCCUACUGGCCUACUGUACCUAUGAAUGUACGUCUUUAACGAUAUCUCUUUGCGCCUGCUAGCAUGCAUUGAAAGAUUGUAUGUAACGACAUCAACGCGCAUGAAUAGUAUUGCAUUUAUUUGAACUUGCGUUCAUGAUCACCAAAAUUUCUGAUUCCGCAGGGCUUGAUCGACCCGCCUGCCACGUCACCGCCUGCUGAGAACGCCAAUGGACGCGAGGAAAGUGGCUCUGGAGCAAGAGAAGGCGAAGGGGCACCUUCAUCCGGCACUACUUAAGGCUGCACAAAGGAAAAGCACUACCUUUUGGAAUUUGGAAACUCCCACCAUCUCCUGGCUGACUUUUAUUUUAUACUCAAUCAACUAUAGUAGUAGUACCGAGCGAUGAUAUUCUAGUGUGAGUGUAUUCACGACGUCACUGGCGCUUGUCUUGAAGCAAGAGUUGUUUCUAAUGAACAACAGGAACUUCGUCACCUCGGAGGAACACUGAGCCUGAAAUGCAACCCGUUCCUGUGCCAUUCUUGCCGAGUAAUACCAACGCCGGUGCAGGAAACGGAGCCCAGCAGCGGGCGAGAGCCUCACGCUUGUUGUUUUUGUGGAGAUUUGUAGGAUCGGUCCUCGGCUUCGCGCUUCUGGUUGGUGUAGUCGUUGCGUUGCUGAGGAUACCGCAUUGUAAUUGCAUGAGAAAGGACAGGGAACCAGAUAGCAGCCAGAGGGAGAACGCUGACUCUGCUGUUUUGUUUCGUGUGCAAGCAACUGAAGUGGACCCCUUCUUGGGGCAAAAUUUGCCAUACAAUUAUACGACUACGCCGGGCGGACAAGGAGCGGGUUCUUGCCAACUCCAGUUGACGUCCGGAGGAGACAAAGUGGCUCCGUCUGCGCCGUUCCCGGAGCAUUUCGCCGACACAGGUAGAGAACAACGGCCGCCUAGCUUCUAG